CUUAGAACAUCAUCCCGCAUAAAUCUCAGUCUCGCCUUGCAUUCUCUUCACAUCGGGGUGCUAUUGCGGUCAAUUAACGGCCGUUUGGCACCGCCGAACCUCUUUGCCUGCGCAUUUUUCACCUUACUUUUUGCAGGUUAUGCCGUUGUGUUUUUGAUGUUGAUUGGGUUGUUGUAAAGAAUGGUUCGUUGUUUAUCAGGUAGAUUAUCAACUAAGUUAUUAAAUAUAUCAAUAGCAUCUUUCUGCAAAGCGCAGAGAUUGGAGAAAGCUGAAGGGCUUAUAAUUGACGGUAUAAGAUUGGGAAUACUCCCUGAUGUUGUAACUUAUAACACUUUGAUUGAUGCUUAUUGUCACUUUGUUAGCGUAGAUGCAGCUUAUUUUGUUCUUGACCGAAUGAGGGAAGCGGGAAUUAGCCCAAAUGUUAUUACUUAUAAUUCUUUGAUAGCUGGUGCCACCAGGAAGUGCCAAUUAUCACGUUCAUUGGAUCUGUUUGAUGAAAUGCUUCGAAUGGGUAUACCUCCUGAUACGUGGAGUUACAACACGUUGAUGAAUUGCUUCUUUAGAUUAGGUAAACCGGAGGAAGCCAAUAGGCUGUUUCGUGAUAUUUUACUGGGUGAUUUGUCUCCCAGUGCAGCUACAUUUAACAUCAUGAUUAAUGGACUCUGCAAGAAUGGCUAUACAAAUAAUGCCAUGACGUUAUUUAGGAAAUUGCAGGCAUAUGGAUUUGUUCCCCAAAUAACUACAUAUAAUAGUCUUAUAAAUGGGCUUUGCAAGGCAAGGCGAUUGAAGGAAGCAAGGUGUAUUCUGAAAGAGCUUGGGGAAUCAGGUCAUUUUCCAAAUGCCAUAACGUACACUACAGUUAUGAAAUGCUGCUUUAGAUCUAGGAAUUUUGACCAAGGGUUUGAGAUAUUGUCAGAGAUGAAGAGUAAAGGAUUUACAUUUGAUGGAUUUGGUUACUGUACAGUGAUUGCUGCAUUAGUUAAGACAGGUAGGAUACAAGUGGCAACUGAAUAUAUGAAGGAGAUGGUUAGCAAUGGUAUUCAACUUGAUAUUGUUUCUUAUAACACCCUAAUUAAUUUAUAUUGUAAAGAAGGUAAAUUAGAAGCUGCAUUUAGGUUACUGGAUGAGAUAAAGAAAAGAGGUUUGGACUGUGACGCUUAUACCCACACUAUUAUGAUUGAUGGGUUGUGCAAGGCACGUAAUAUCAAGGGUGCCCAGCAACAUUUGGCAUACAUGAAUACAAUGGGCUUUGAUUCAAACUUGGUGGCCUACAACUGUGUGGUUGAUGGGUUGUUCAAAGUUGGUCAGAUUGAUAAUGCAAUGAAUAUGUUUGAAUCAAUGGAGAUAAAGGAUUCAUUUACUUACACCUCUGUGGUGUACAACCUUUGCAAGGCUGGUAGGUUUCAUUUUGCAUCCAAGCUCUUAAUAAUUUGUUUAAGAAGUGGCAUGAAAAUUCUGAAGUCUGCUCAACGUGCUGUCCUUGAUGGUCUUCGUGAUUCUGGAUAUAUAGCAGAGGCAAAGAAGCUUCGGUCUAAAAUUCGUAAGGCCCGGUUACUACAUCAUUGAGUUGGAUAUGAUCAUUGUGUUGCGAGCUGGAAGUUGGUUUUUACUGCCAAAUUUGAUCUAUACAAAGAUCCAGUUUGUUUGGAGUGAGGUGCAAUGGUUGGUAUUAUUGUAAACCCUCUGUAAACAAACCUCAAUAUAUUUGACCACUAUUGGUGAGGAAUUCUGUUAGAGGUCCUAUUUCUGGAUUCUUCCGGACUGUGAAGUUGUAUUGAGAGCUGCAGCUGUCAAGCAGGGAUGAUAUACAAGGCAUAUUCCUUACAUGAUUUGCCAACAUUACUUUAUAUUUAUAAAUUCAUUAAAUGAUACACAGUACAAAUACUCGGUUUCAAAGAUGGAAAAUUGUAUCAGUUGAAACUCAAAUUUUACCCAUUAGAUUCCAGAAAUGCUGCUUCUGUGGGUUAAUUUUAGACAAGGAAUGUUCAUUCAUUGUAAGUUUGUAACUGUAAAU